UCCGCCGUACGAGAGCUAAUCUCAACGAACGCGAUGGUUCAUAUUCUUCCUAACAAUCUGAAAAGCAACCAGUUACAGAUGCAUCACUUACGAUCUACCUUUAAUGCGAUCUUCACUCCUGCAAGGCGGUGUAUCUGCGUGUAUAAAAAGGACGAUGAGCUAGUCGGAGUUAUUGGAGCGAGCGGCGGAAUCUAUAUAAUUCCGGCGGUAAUCCAAGUGUUUCUCAAUCACUUUGUCUUGAAUAUGAGUCCUCUAGAGGCUGUGAAGAGUCCAAGAGUGUAUCACAAGUUGGAACCAAACGAAGUGUUAUAUGAAGACUGGACAGUGUACAAUAAAGAUCACAUUUUGCUUAAAAAGGAGACUCAGGACUUCUUGAAGACAAAAGAUCAUAAACUGGUGUCUACAACAAUGGGAGCCACUGUUCAAUUUGUUGUUCAAGACAGACAAGUUUUGACAGCAGUUAGUGAUCUCCGGAAAGAUGGGAAGCCAGCUGCUGCUGAUGCUGCUCCAACUCUUGCUCCUGCUCCUGCUCCUUCUCCUAUCUUUUGAAUUUAUCAGCCACCAUAAUUUCUGCUUCAUUUCCCUUUUAAAUAUUUUUAAUCUAUUUUAAUAUAGUUAAAACUUCUUUAAAUAGUUGAUUAUGUCUUUCUAUAAAAAUCUGUUAGAGCAUCUUCAUUGAGAAUUGCUCAAUCUGCC